GCGGAGGCCUGCCAUGACGUCCUGGUUCCGGUUUGGUGCGACGGAAGUGACGCGAGGGCGGCGCGCCGCGGAGCCGAAGUAGCAAUGAGUCGUGUCCUGUGUGCACCGGCGGCCGGGGCCGUCCGGGGGCUCAGGCUCGUGGGCUGGGCUUCCCGAAACCUGCAUCCGCCGCCCGGUGGCCGGGCCGGGGACCAACCCGCGGCGGAGAGGGAAGAGGACGACCCUGACCGCCCGGUUCAGUUUUCCUCCAGCAAAGGCGUCCCGUUACGCUGGAGUGUGGAGCAGUCCCUGGGGAAGGAACAGCAGCGGCCCUGGUGGAAAGUGCUGCCCUUCAGCCUCUCCCUCAUGGUUCUGGUCAUCUGGUUCUACCUGAGGCCAGAGAGCGACACGGACCAGUGGUUGAGACAAGCGUUGGGAGAAGAGGUGUCGGAGCCUGGAACUCAGGCUGCCCACGGGGCGAGGACUUAACGCGGUGCCCGCUAGGGCCAGCAGGAAGGGAACAGGCAGCCGCCCUUCGGAUUCGAUGUCGCGUUUGACCGUGACCGUUCUGCCCUGGUAAUGCGUGCGUCUUCAGCGCUAAAGGACUUGGAUGGCACACUUGGCCGCGUUGAACCCCAUAGAGGCCGAGCAGGAUGUCACCAGAUCGGAACCUGCUCGUUGCCUGACGCUUGACGUCCAGCGAUUCCAUCCCCAAGACUUUUCAGAGCCGUAGGAAAGGUUUUACUUGCACCGUGUACCGUUGGGUUUGUGAUGUCUUUGUACAGCAUAUAAUCAUGUUUCCAGAGCACUUCUGGUAACACUUGUCAUUUGCUUUGUGAGACAGGAUAACUGGCAGAAGUGUUAACCUUUAUUUUAUAAUGUAGUGUGUGUAAAUAUCUAUUGAUGUUUUACACACUGACAAAUUGAAAAUAAAUUUUGAUUUUAUAAUACAGAAUUAAGACGAUUCCCUUUUCUGCAUCUAGUAAGAAAACGAGUAUUUUAGUAAGCCAACAGCCACCUUUUUAAAUUUAUAUGUUUUCCUUUUUUUUCCAGAGUGGGAACUGAGAAUCUAACCUAAAUGUAAAUUGUGGAAUACAUUAUUAAAUGGUACCAGAAAUAAAGAAUUUUCUCAGCUUUCUGCAAAA